AUGGUUGACCUAAAAACCAGAAUUGCAAACACCGAAGAUGCUGUUAGGUGGGUAAAAGAGCACGGAUUGCAUGCAGUCACGAGGAAAUGCCAUUGUCUUGCAGACAGGAGGUUGCAAAAUGCACAACAGCAUCCGGUGGCUGCUUGUGGAGAUGCAAAAAUGGUAACUACCGCUUCACUAAAACUUAGAGCACGCUGGGUUUUAGGAGGCAUCGAUAUGCAGACAAAAAAUCCCUUUUUGGUGGAAGUGGAAAGGCGAGACGCUGCCACGUUGUUCCCAUUGAUACAGCGACAUGUUCUGCCCGGUAUUACUGCUUGGUCGGAUCAAUGGGCUGCUUAUAACUGCAUCACACCCGUAACCGGCCUAAAUCAUCAAACCGUGAACCACUCCAUUAUAUUACGGACAGUAAACGGAGUGCUCACAAUAGAGUUGAGAAUUUGUGAUGAUGCGCCAAACAAAAAUUUAAAAGGAUGA